CGUAUCAUUUGAAAGGAAUGGAAACCAUGCAACAGAACUUGGUUCCUGCAAAAGAGCCAUUCAAAUUUCGGUGAAAGCUAUUGAAUUGUAGCUCCGCCGGAACCGCUCGGGGUUCCGAGCGCAGCACAAGGCAGGACAUCUGGCUGGUGAUCGUUUGCUCUUCCUCUUUACCCGAAAUGGUGAGUAAAUCUUAUAAUUUGAGACAAGAGAAUGGAUGUAGAGAUAAGAAUAGGAUGGGAGGGAUUGAUAUUACAGAUAUCGAUGAUUGGGUGAACGGAUGGAUGGAUGGAUGGAUAUCGAACGGCCUUUUUUUUUCUAUUACCUGGAAAUGGUGGCGAUCAUACAAAAGUAAGAUGAGCAUAAUGCUAAUGGAUAUUUUUGGGGGAAUCGUAUAGCCUACCAGACUUCACCAUAACCGUAAGAAGCGUGGUCACGUCUCGGCCGGUCACGGUCGUGUUGGCAAGCACAGAAAGCAUCCUGGUGG